ACAGGAAGAGGUGAUACCGAAUCAGCUGGGGCAGCGGGACCACCCCGUGGGGCUUCCCCAAGUUGAGGAGAGGUCGGGUUACAGGUCACAGGUGAUAGGGCCGGAGAAAGAUGGAGCAGCCCGGGGCGGCGGCAUCGGGAGCGGGAGGCGGCAGCGAGGAACCCGGUGGGGGCCGGAGCAACAAGCGGAGCGCGGGGAACCGGGCCGCCAACGAAGAGGAAACGAAAAACAAACCUAAAUUGAACAUUCAAAUAAAAACUUUGGCAGAUGAUGUGCGUGACCGAAUUACAAGUUUUAGAAAAUCUACUGUCAAAAAAGAAAAACCUCUUAUUCAACAUCCUAUUGAUUCUCAAGUUACAAUGAGUGAGUUUCCAGCAGCUCAGCCAUUGUAUGAUGAACGAUCUUUGAAUUUGUCAGAAAAGGAAGUACUGGAUCUCUUUGAAAAAAUGAUGGAAGACAUGAACCUUAAUGAAGACCGUAAAGCUCCUUUACGAAACAAAGAUUUUACCACCAAGCGUGAGAUGGUUGUCCAGUACAUAUCUGCUACUGCCAAAUCUAUAGUUGGAAGUAAAGUUAUGGGAGGGUUGAAGAACAGCAAACAUGAAUGUACCUUGUCUUCACAAGAAUAUGUUCAUGAAUUACGAUCUGGUAUUUCAGAUGAGAAACUUCUUAACUGCCUUGAAUCUCUGAGGGUUUCUUUAACCAGCAAUCCUGUGAGCUGGGUUAACAACUUUGGCCAUGAAGGUCUUGGACUCUUAUUGGAUGUUCUGGAAAAGCUUCUGGACAAGAAACAGCAAGAAAAUAUAGACAAGAAGAAUCAGUAUAAACUUAUUCAGUGUCUCAAAGCAUUUAUGAAUAAUAAGUUUGGACUGCAAAGAAUUCUAGGAGAUGAAAGGAGUCUUUUGCUAUUGGCAAGAGCAAUUGAUCCCAAACAACCCAACAUGAUGACUGAAAUAGUAAAAAUACUUUCUGCUAUAUGCAUUGUUGGAGAAGAAAACAUUCUAGAUAAACUUCUAGGGGCUAUAACUACAGCAGCAGAAAGAAAUAAUAGGGAACGAUUUUCACCAAUUGUGGAAGGAUUAGAAAAUCAUGAAGCUUUGCAAUUACAGGUGGCCUGCAUGCAGUUUAUAAAUGCCCUUGUCACUUCACCUUAUGAGCUUGAUUUUAGAAUACAUUUAAGGAAUGAAUUCCUACGUUCAGGACUAAAAACAAUGUUACCAGAUCUAAAGGAGAAAGAGAAUGAUGAGCUUGAUAUUCAGUUGAAAGUAUUUGAUGAGAACAAAGAAGAUGACCUAAAUGAAUUAUCACACCGUCUCAAUGAUAUUCGAGCAGAAAUGGAUGAUAUGAAUGAAGUGUAUCAUCUUCUAUACAACAUGUUGAAGGACACUGCUGCUGAAAAUUACUUAUUAUCCAUUCUACAACAUUUUUUGCUCAUCAGAAAUGAUUAUUAUAUCAGGCCACAGUAUUACAAAAUAAUUGAGGAGUGCGUUUCACAGAUAGUGCUGCACUGCAGUGGUAUGGACCCGGAUUUCAAGUAUAGGCAAAGAUUAGAUGUUGAUUUCACGCAUCUGAUAGAUUCUUGUGUGAACAAGGCAAAAGUUGAAGAAAGUGAACAAAAAGCAGUGGAAUUUUCAAAGAAGUUUGAUGAAGAAUUUACAGCUCGACAGGAAGCUCAAGCUGAGCUUCAAAGAAGAGAAGAAAAAAUUAAAGAGCUUGAAACAGAAAUCCAGCAACUUCGAGCCCAGGGACAUGGACUCUCAGGUUCAUCAGGAAUUCCAGGCCCUCCUCCACCACCUCUAUUGCCAGGUGGUGGGUCAUCCCCACCACCACCACCACCACCUCCACCAGCACCACCGCUACCUGGAGGAGCUCUCCCUCCUCCUCCACCUCCUUUACCUGGAAUGAUUGGCAUACCACCACCACCACCUUUGCUUGGGGGACCUCCUCCUCCAUUUCCCCUUGGAGGAGGAAUUCCUCCUUUCCCAGAAGUACCUCUUGAUCUGCCUUAUGGGAUGAAGCAGAAAAAAUUAUAUAAACCUGAGGUGCCUAUGAAGAGAAUCAAUUGGUCAAAGAUUGAACCCAAAGAACUAUCUGAGAACUGUUUCUGGUUAAAAGUUAAGGAGGACAAAUUUGAAAAUCCAGAUCUCUUUGCAAAAUUGGCACUGAAUUUUGCUACCCAGAUGAAAGUUCAAAAGAAUGUAGAAGCUUCAGAAGAAAAGAAGAUCCUGCCUGCAAAGAAGAAAGUGAAAGAAUUGAGAAUUUUGGAUCCCAAAACAGCCCAGAAUCUGUCUAUUUUCCUAGGAUCAUAUCGUAUGCCAUAUGAAGAUAUAAAAAAUAUUAUUCUGGAGGUUAAUGAAGACAUGCUGAAUGAAGCCUUAAUUCAGAACCUUGUAAAACAUCUUCCAGAGCAGAAAGUACUCAGUGAAUUAGCACAGCUGAGGAAUGAAUAUCAUGACCUCUGUGAGCCCGAGCAAUUUGGAGUUGUGAUGAGCUCAGUGAAAAUGUUGCAACCUCGUCUCAAAAACAUUCUUUUCAAGCUCACAUUUGAAGAGCAUGUAAACAACAUCAAACCAAGUAUCAUAGCAGUAACUCUUGCCUGUGAAGAGCUGAAGAAAAGUGAAAGCUUUAACAGACUUUUAGAGUUAGUUCUUUUGGUUGGAAAUUACAUGAACUCAGGCUCAAGAAAUGCCCAGUCUUUGGGUUUUAAAAUCAACUUCCUUUGUAAGAUCAGAGAUACUAAGUCAGCAGAUCAAAAAACAACCCUCUUGCAUUUUAUUGCUGAAAUUUGUGAGGAAAAAUACCGUGAUAUCCUGAAAUUUCCUGAAGAACUGGAACAUGUAGAAAGUGCAAGCAAAGUUUCAGCUCAAAUUCUCAAGAGCAACCUUACAGCAAUGGAACAACAAAUUAUUAAUCUGGAACGUGACAUCAAGAAAUUCCCCGAAACAGAAAAUCAACAUGAUAAGUUUGUGGAGAAGAUGACAAGCUUUACAAAGAGUGCCAGAGACCAGUAUGAAAAACUGUUCACCAUGCACAAUAACAUGCUAAAGCUCUAUGAGAAUCUUGGAGAAUACUUUAUUUUUGACUCUAAGACAGUGAGCAUCGAAGAGUUCUUUGGUGAUCUCAGCAACUUCCGAACUUUGUUUCUGGAAGCAGUGAAAGAAAACAACAAGAGAAAAGAAAUGGAAGAGAAGACAAGGAGGGCAAAGCUUGCAAAAGAGAAAGCUGAACAAGAAAAGUUAGAACGCCAGAAGAAAAAGAAACAACUCAUUGAUAUAAACAAAGAGGGUGAUGAGACUGGUGUGAUGGAUAAUCUUCUAGAAGCCCUACAAUCAGGCGCAGCAUUCCGAGACCGCAGAAAGCGAAUUCCAAGGAAUCCAGAUAACAGACGAGUACCUUUGGAAAGGUCACGCUCUCGCCACAAUGGAGCUGUCUCAUCUAAGUGAAUCCUGAUGCCAAAGAAUAUGAAAAUAUUUAAGUAAACAAAAUCAUACAUUUUGAGAAAAACAAAAUAUCCACUCAAGGGAUAGAGAAUAAAUUAAUGCAUUUCUUCAAGGAUCAAGCUAAGCUGGGUGAAAUAGCAUGUAUUUGUAUUUGUAAAGCUAUUGCAAGAUGCCUCUCACAAUUAUACUAAUCCAAACACAGUUACAAGGAUUAUAAAACAUGUGUUCCAUUUUAGUGUAAAGAUGUGUAUUAUUUGUUCUUGUGUGUGACCUGAUGAUAAUGAUGAAAUGUAUAUGAAAUUCAAAAACAUUCAGUCUGUCAAAAAAUUACAAUGUUAAUCAAAUUUGCAGGUCACCCCCCCCAAAAAAAGGAAUAGAAAGAAUUAUUCAAUAUCUGCUUCUGAUUCCUGUGACAUAGAAAAAGAAAAGGCCAAUGAAAAUGUGUGUAUUAAUGAUUUGGAGAGGUACUCUGUAAGACAAGCCAUUUUGGAAGCUAAAAAAAAGUACUGCUUCAACCCUAUGAAUUUAUUUAGAAUCUUACUCAAGUGAAAGCUGAUGGAUUCAUCUGCUUUGGCUGAAAUUAAACUUAACAUUAAUCUAGAGUUUCAGUAUGAUGUUGCAGGCACUUAUCUUUGCUAAAAAUAAACCAGAGUUUAACAGAAGCAGUUAGAGAAAGUGACUUAAACUUUAUUUAAAGAGGUAUUUUCUAAUUACGCACAUAUAUCUACUUUAUACAAAUACCAUAUGACUAUUUUUUGAGAAAAACCUCACAUUUUAAUGUUUAUUCUGGGAUGAACCUGAAUAUUCUGUUACCUUUAUUAAGAUUUUUUAAAGGUAAAUAUUGAUUCCUGUUCUCUGUGGUUAUUUCUUCUAUUGCUUCUUUCUCCCAUGACCCCCAUGAAAGCAGGGAAUAGAGUUUCUAAAAGACCUGAGAGGAAAAAGAUUUCUCUCUGCAGGCAGCAGAAAACUGUCUGAAAGGUCAACUGUUUUAUCUCCCUUUCUAUACCCCUUUCCAAUUCUGCUGUGGUGGUCUGAAGAAGAAAAAAAUUAUAUGUAUGUAUGUGUAUAUAAGUAUAUGUUUAUAUCUCCUACUACAGUAAUUCCACAUCCCAGUAACUAAGUGAACUUCUCAAUCAUCAUCAUACUUACUUACCUUAUAUUAACAAAUUAAAAUGAUGCUGCCAAAACAACCCUAUAUUUUUCUUAAAUAGAUGAAGGCAUAGAAGUUAAACUUAACUUUCUUGUCUAUUACUUUAAAAUAUGCAUUGAAAUAUUGUGGUAUAACUUCUCUGGAGUGUAAUCUUAAAACUAACCCAUGCAGAUGAUUGUCAUUACUGUAAAAAAUUUCUUAUAUGUAUAUUUCUUACAUAGAAGAUCCUAUUUCUACUUCUCCAGAGUACAUUAUAGAUAUUCAGAAAGAACAAACGACUGGCUUGGCAAGUCAUCAUCUGAAAUAAUGUAAACAAGUGACCAGUGAUUCAGUCUCCUUUAAAUAGAUGUAUACUGUGCUACCUUUUCCUCCAGUGCAUUCUUACUUGGGCAUGAUAUUUGAAAAAUCUCUGAAGCUGCUAAAAUAGAGAUCAAAAAGAAUAACAGUAUCUGAGAUUUUACAGUUUUAUCCUAUCUUAAGAUACACAUAGGCAUACACAAACAAGUUUGAGGGACAUAACAAUUUCAUACACUUUUUCUUAACAACAAAGAUACACAAAUUUAUGUAAGUAAUUAAUGUGUGUAUUUUUGACUUAACAUAAUCUUUUCUGAAAUCUUUAUGGUAUGGCCUGAGUCCUUUAGUAGCCUUUCAGGCUGUAGGAAAGUGAUAUUUUGAAAUAUCAAUCCUGACUAAAAUUUAGGGGCAUUUGCCAUGCCAUAUUAUCAAGAUGGUCAGAAAAAAAAAAGAUGGUCAGGAAAGAAAUAUUGAUGUGUAUCACCUCUUCAAGAUGUGAAUUUGCCUUAUUUUUUGGUUUGUGAAAAGAAUGAAAUACUAUUAUUGCUAAAUUAUAUAUUUGUAUCUGGACAAAUCCCACAAUGUUUUCACAACAGUAGGGAACCUUUCAGGGUCUUUCAUGAAAUUCCAAUAAUUGAGUUAAAGGAUUUGCUUCCCAGAGUUAUAAUAGUCCUGCUUUAGCCAUUUGCAAUUUUGUUUGAGAUUGAAAAUUAUCACCAAAGAAGUACAUAGUAAUAUUUUUAGUAUAGAACCAAAUUAUACUGAAGUCUUUUGUUAGGUUUUUUACUGCCACAGUGAGAAGCACCAAUUUAUGCAGAUUUUCUUCAGGAUGAUUUUUAAAAAUACAAAGUCCUUAAAAUGUUUAUUA